UGGAAGAGCACAGCAGUUCAGGCAGUAUCCAACGAGCAGCGAAAUCGGCGUGAAUUAGUGCAAGUAACUUUGUCAACCUGAACUUCCACUGGGGCUGGAACCGAUUAAAAUUAACAGAAAGCACCCCAAGGCUAAUUUUAAGUCCCAAUUCUCGAAACAACAACAGCAACGAAAGAUGCACCCUGCUCAAAACAAUUCCUCUGUGAUUUAAUUCUGAGAAAAGGCCAGUAGGAGUUGAGCGAGUUUCCUCCUCAGUUUGGAGUGCCGGCUGCGAUAGGAUCCGUCGGAAGGGAGCUGACCCUACAUUACCUUCGGCUGUGAACCCGAAUUGCCAGGACCAGGAGCUGCAUGAGGAAACCCAGGACCAUUCUGGAGAUCGGAGUCCAGCAUAAACAGAGAGGUGUCUUGUGAUAUGCAGAGAACAUUCAUAACUUUAAAAAUACAUCCAGAACCUCAACCUGAGCUACAAAUCUUCUCAAAACUUACUUUAAAAAUAAUUCCAAAAAGUCUUGGAGUCUGAGUAUCUGGGAGAAUGGCAGGUCUACAGUUGGUUACACCUUCACCAGCAUCGCUUUGGUUGCUUAUUCCAGUUUUCAUUGGAUUGUUGCUUAGUGUCAUACUGGGGCUCACAGCAGAUUUUCUAAAGAAUUGCUGUAAAUCAUUUUCAAAGGACAACAAAGGAGAUGACAGCAAAAUUAAAGUUCCUACAGAGCCUGAAAGUCCACCUUCUAAACCAGAGUCCAGUGCUAGCCAGAAGAAGCUCAGAUUUACUGAGGACAUCUUGCUGUCCAAACUGCCUCCUGAUGGUAAGGAGGUACGCUUUGUGGUACCAAAUUUAACACCGACUUAUAUACAACCAGGUUUUAACUGGAAGUAUGAAGACACAGCACAAGGUUUCUCAAGAGCUCAAUAUUCUGAAAGAAAACAGGAGCUAACCAAUCUACAUCAACAGCGGGCACAGUUUGAUGAAAUCUACAAUCCUAGUUUUAUGAUGAAGCAAGUUAGCCAAGGAGGAGGUCGUCACACGCUAUCUGCAGGAAACCCAGGCACUCUGUCUGGGUCAGCUUGGGAAUUGAGGAGCCCAAAAAUGAGUAAUGCACAAGGCUUAAGCAGUUCCAUGUUUGAUCUUUCAAAUCCACAGUGCAUGCAAAGGUUUAGUUCAGCCUCCAGUAUAAGCAGCACAAUGUCUUCUUUGAUGGAUUCCCAGGGAAGCUCUCGAAGCAUAGAUACACUUACAGAUGACUUUGGAAAGCUCAACCUGAAGCUGAGUUACAACCCAAAUGUGGAACAAAUCUGGAUCAACAUAGUACAGAUUAGAGACUUGUAUCUGCGCAGUAAACCUGCAGAAAAGGUUACUGUUUAUCUGAAAGGAACAAUAACAUUACCAAAGCCUGUGCACUUCAAAUCUUCUGUAAAAGAUGGUGCCAGUGAUUUGCUGUUUAUGGAAACGUUUGUGUUUAAUAUUUCACUGCCUAUUCUCAAAACACAUGGCCUGGUUAUCAGUGUUAUGACUCAGACUCCACGGAAGAGGAUUGUUGGUGAAUGCUCAAUGCCACUUAGAGAGUUAAGCAAUGUGGAAUCAAACCUCUGGCUUGAUAUUACUCCACCUUCAAAAUCACCGAACUGCCAUUCACUUCUGCAAGUAGGAACAUGUUUCCAAGCUGUCAGCAAUCGGAUCCAGCUGCAAAUCCUGGAAGCACAGAAUCUGCCAAGUUCUUCUCCUCUGACACUGAAUUUCUAUGUGAAGGCAAUAAUGGAAACCAGGGAUGGGCUGUUUGACAAGAAGAAGACGCGCCCUCUGAAAGCUGUGAAUGGUCAGGUGAAAUGGGGAGAAACAUUCCUGUUUCCUGUUAUUCAGAAUGAGCUCCAUCUCCAGAGAGUCAGUUUCAACCUGAAACUUUACAGUCGCAGUUCAGUAAGAAGAAAACACUGCUUGGGACAGGUGGUGAUUGGAUGGGACAGCACGGGGGAGGCUUUGGAACAGUGGCAGGACACAAGUGCAAAUCCAGAGAAAGUUGUUAUCAAGUGGCACAACCUGAACCUCACCUGAGGUCACAGUGUUUUGCUGAGCUGAGCAUGUCCUAACCAGACUCAAAUUUCAAAAACAUGGGACUCAACAAUGAACUGUGUCUUUGUAUCAUGAAUUUUAUCAAGAGGUUCAUUGGGAAUAAUGUUGCAUUCUUGAUGGUAAAACUCUAGAUUUUGUUGGCCACUGAACACUAUUGGAAAUUGAAACUUGUCAGAGGGCAUUAUGGGACAGGGUUUGAAAAGCAUAGUCUGUGGAUGUGUGCCAGAUUGUGUAAUGUCUAAAACCUAAUACUUAGCAUUGUCUUAAUCUUCGUAACUUAUGUCAAUGUUGUCUUUCUUCAUUCAUAACUCCAAUUUAAUAACAAUAGAUCACAGUAAGAGUGGAAUGCAGUGUAUAUAAUAGGGAACUUUCACAGCUUCUGUGUAUGUAUUUUAUAAACCUAUAUAUUAUAAAUAACUGUUCCAAAAACACAAAAUUUUAGAUAAGUUAAAUAGAGAUCCUCAAUUUGUGACUUCCGCUUUAAGUACAACUUGGCCACAAAUUGCAUGAUCCAAGUAUUCUCCAGAUCAAUACUUUCAAGUAAUUUUUAAAUGAAGAAUGAAAGGAAUCCCAAGUUAGUCACAGGUGAUGAAUUUCACACUAAAGCGGUGUUAUUGGUGUGGCAGGGUAUCUAGACAAAGACUCCAAAUGAAAAUGAAGUAUUUAAUCUUAGCAAUAUUCUGUGCUCUUCAUCUCAUAAUUGAACUUUCUAAUAAAAUAGAUACUUUCUCUGAAAACAAAAGAUAGUUUUGAUAGGAAUAUGGGCUUAUUUGCUACCAGCUGGUUUUGCCUAUUAAAUAUCCUCAGCAGGUUGGAAUUUGUCCAUCUGAAACGGUUGAUUUUGGCUGUCAAUGUGAAAGUGUAAUGUAUGCUUCUUUUUUUAUUUAACUGUUUAACUGUAGUGUUGCUUUAAAUCUCUUUUGUUGUUAAGUUCAUGCUGCUAUUUCCAUACUGAUACUGUCCUUGCCUAAAUAUUGUACAAAUUAAAGCAAUCUCGGGCACGCAAAUGUGCACAACUUUUCAAGCAAGCUCCUGAACCUUUACCCCAUAUGUCUGUCUGUAUAACUUGGGCCAGAUAUAUGUUCUUUGAAUAUGGCUGCAUCUUUGUGCAGUGUUCCAAUAUGGUGGGAGGGACAGUAUUCUGCUCCCCACUUCCUAACCUGCUCAAAGUUCUGUUCACCCAUCAUCAUUGUUCCCACUGAUGGGUUUGGAUCCUGGUCCAUCAAUGUCUUGGUUUUAAGAUUCUCAUUCUUGUUUUCAACUCCCUCCAUAGCUUUACCCAUCACUAUCUCUGUAAGUUACUCCAGCCCCACAACUCUUGAUAUAUCAGUGCUCCUCUAAUUCUGGACUUUUUUGUGUCCUGAAUUUAGUCACUCCACCAUGAGCAGUUGUACCUUCAGCCAUGCCUUUCUCAAGCUUUGAAACUCCCUCCCUUGGCACCUCCCUGUGAUUUAUGUCAUUUUUUUAAUGUUUUCCUUAAAACUUAAUUGUUUGACUAAGCUUUUACUCAUGGUAAGACCUUAAGACAUUGAAACAGAAGUAAGCCAUUCAGCCCAUUGAGUCUGAAUUAGCCAUUCAAUUAGAUCAUAUCUGAUCUGGCAAUCCUCAAUUCCAGUUUCCUACCUUUUCCCAUCCUUAUCUCCUAAAUGUUUUAGUGUCAAAUGAAUUUUGAUAAUAGUCAUGUGAAUUGCCUGAGGAAGAUUUGUUACAUUUAACAUCCUUGUUAUAAAUACAAGUUACUCUUCUUAUUCAUGCACCAAGUACCAUUUCUGAGACAUGUCCACUCCUAAACGCACACUUCAUCAUGAACCUACAGUGUACAAUGCUGGUCACUUUAUUUAGAGAAGGAUGUAAAUGUGACCAAAAGAGAAAAUGCUGGAAAAUCUCAGCAAGGCUGGC